AUGAAUUACGAGCAAUCUGUGCACAAAGAGGGGACAUAAUAAACAUUUUCCCUCGGAGUUCGCAGAAUUGUUACUAAUGGGCACUGCUAUGAAACCGGUUCUGGUGUGUGUUGUGUUGGCCCUAGUUUUGUGGGGGCAAGUGGAGGGCCGGAGGGGCCGGACGAGGGCCAGGGCCAAAUCAAAGUUCCAAAUCGGGUUACCCAUCACAGGCAAAUAUCGCGACCCGGAAUCUGACCAAUAUUACAACAACAAUAAUGGCGCUAAAAUCACGCUAGCGUCGCACUUCGACUAUGAAUACACCUUGGGGCACAAAAUCGCGUUCGUGUGCGUGGCCAGAGGCAAGCCUCGGCCGCACAUCACAUGGUACAAGGAUGGGAGCGAAAUUUUCACCCAUCUGUACCUCAACAUCCACGAAUGGAAUAUUGGGGAAGACAAAAUCAAAAGCAAGCUCGAGAUAGACCCAGCGACCCAGAUGGACGCCGGCGUGUACGAAUGUACCGCCGACAAUAUGUACUCCAUCGACCGUCGGUCGUUCAAAACUGAUUUCAGUAUUGUAUUUGAUUAGUGAGAAAUAAAGUUACCUCUUAUCGU